AUGCCCUUGGCUUCCUGGCCUGCUGGCCCUGCUGGGUGCUGGGAUGGUGCAGCAGCGCAGCAGCGCAGCAGCGCAACUGUCAACGUCAGUGCCAACCGCUACGCACACCCCCCGGGGUGGUGGCCACGGGCCAGUGACUGGCGGUCGUUAAUUGUUGCAGCAGCAGCAGCAACAGCAACCGAGCCAGAAACGGGGGCGUGCGCAGUGGAUAUGGGUGUGGAUGUGGAUGAAGAUGUGGAUGUGGAUGUGGAUGACCAUGAUUAUUGA